AUGGAGGGUGGUUCUAACGAGGCUUCCAGUGUGAUGGGUUUUGGAGAUAAUACAAGUAGUAGUGGGGUUUGUCCUAUGAUGAUGAUGCCUUUAGUGACUUCUCAUCAUGGUGGUCAUCAUCCAUUUAAUCCUAAUCUUAAUAAUCCCAAUCCGAAUCUUAAUGAACACACAAACACAAACAGUCUCUUCCUUCCCAUGCCUUGUGCUAAUAAUAAUCACCACCCAAACCGCAAUAGCAUCCACGACAAUAGCCACAACACCAACACCACUGAGUUAGGGUAUUUCAUGGAGAUCCACAACCACAACACCGACAAAGAUGGAAGCUCCUCCUCUUCUUCAGCAGUGAAGGCGAAGAUCAUGGCCCAUCCUCACUAUCACCGUCUCUUGGCAGCCUACGUCAAUUGUCAAAAGGUUGGGGCGCCGCCUGAGGUGGUGGCAAGGCUAGAAGAAGCAUGUGCAUCUGCUGCGGUGAAUAUGGCGGGUGGAACUGCUAGCAUCGGUGAUGAUCCGGCGCUGGACCAGUUCAUGGAGGCGUACUGUGAGAUGCUGAUAAAGUACGAGCAAGAGCUCUCCAAACCCUUCAAGGAAGCGAUGCUCUUCCUUCAGAGGAUCGAGUGCCAGUUCAAAUCUCUGACUAUUUCUUCUUCCGACACUGCUUGUAAUGAAGGUGCUGAUAGGAAUGGAUCAUCUGAAGAUAUUGAUGUUCACAACAACAUAAUAGAUCCACAGGCAGAAGACCAAGAACUGAAAGGUCAACUCUUGCGCAAGUACCGAGGAUACCUAGGUAGUUUGAAGCAGGAGUUCACCAAGAAGAGAAAAAAGGGCAAGUUGCCCAAAGAAGCAAGGCAACAAUUACUUGAUUGGUGGAGCAGACACUACAAAUGGCCUUACCCAUCUGAAUCUCAGAAGCUGGCUCUUGCAGAGUCAACAGGGCUGGAUCAGAAGCAAAUUAACAACUGGUUUAUUAAUCAAAGGAAACGGCACUGGAAGCCUUCAGAGGACAUGCAAUUCGUGGUGGUGGAUCCAAGCCAUCCACACUACUACAUGGAAAAUGUUCUGGGCAAUCCCUUUCCCAUGGAUCUCUCCCACCACACAAUGCUCUAA